AUGGCUUCGCUUGCUGCUCAAAUCAGCUUGUUCAACGCUCCGGAUCCCAACCUCGGUGCACCACUUACACUCGCUGCACGCUGUCACAGCACAGCCUCAGCCUCCACAACCUGCUCGACCUCAAUUCACACACGCACGCAAUUCAACUUGCAGGGACCGAGCGACGACCAAAGCGUGGUGAUGAAGACUACAUCAAACGGCCCGAGAACACAUCCUUCCUCUUCCGUUGCGGAUGCUGUUGGGAAAAGAACGAGGCGAGAGGCAGCUCAUCAUACACUACAAGUACUCAAAUUCGACUCGCUCUCCGCCGAUAGUUCACUGUAUGGCUGCCCGUUCGGAUAUCCGCACACGACGUGCAGUAGCGACGGGUCAACCGCAGAUGCAGUCAUAACCGUUGAGCCUCUCAAUGCCCUCGCUUUCUGGUGGUCCGUCUGGAUCUGGUCAAGGGAUGGGCCUGGCAAUCGACACCCGUAA